GAAGCCGUUUCACCGUCCCCAAAUUCAUUAAUCUCUUUUGCUUAUCAGAUCUGACCUCGUAUUUUGACUUUCCAUGAAGAAAGAUACAACGGAGCUCCAUAAGUUGUUCUUGGAGUCCAGUGAGAUUAUGCGGGAAACACGGUUCCUAGAAUCCCUCUCAAGAUAAUCAUUGAUCUUAGUUGGACUGUCAGUUAUUGCACCAUCACGGCAUUUCUUUGCAAAGAUUCUCUAGUUUACACCGAGCAAUCUUGUAUCCCCAAUAUCAAAUUCUACCACCCAUACACCAGCUAUUCAUCAGCGAACUUCCGUUCAAAUCUUCUGUUGCAAAGAUGUCAUUCAUAAAACUCUUUUGGGCCGACAAGACAACAAAAUAUGUCUCUGUUGAAGAUGGCUCCGAUACCGAAGAUCGAGCUACAGUGACAACCAGCAAUUCUUCAAAAGUGUCGAUUUCUAGAUCGUUCUACUUCGCUUCCUUAUUCUUGUUUGCCGUCUUUCCAGUCCUUAUUAUCGCCUUGUUUGUGCUACAUGGUCGUCUCGCAGACGCCCAAAUCAACAAUGGGUUUCUCAAAGGCUUCACUACCGAGUUGGAUCCAAUCAAAAGUGUAAUUUCUGAACAAACUGUUCGUUUCACUGGUGGUCUUCACUUCCACAAGAAUGGCACACUAUACCGAGAGACAAUCGAAGGGGAGCCUCAGUAUGUUGGAAACCCCUCACCAGAGAUAGAUGCAGCAUGGAGUCAACUACUCAAAGGUCAAUAUAUGAACCUUGUUGGAGACGAAGCCGAGAGUAUGACCGACCGGACGUGGAAAGAUGAUCAUGGCAACUACGAAGUUGCUCUAGAUGUGAUGCAUACCCUUCAUUGUGUGAAUAAAGUGAGGAUGGCUCUAGAUCCGGAUUAUUAUCCCCAGAAGGAAAGCCAUAGAAUCCACAGGAUGCACGUUGACCACUGCAUCGACUAUCUCAGGCAGACUGUGCAGUGCCAUGGGGACCUCACCCCCAUGGUCUUCAGCUGGUCCGAUGACGCUGGUAGAGUGGUGGCCGACUGGAGAGAGCCUCAUACUUGUCGGAACUUUUAUCAAAUCCGCAGUUGGGCUGAAGAUCAUUUCCGUCCGUGAAUUCUACCUAUUGUACCAUAGAUUAUUUGCCACCGAUUCUAGGUGGAUUGCGUAAACUAAAUCGCAACGGGAAAAUCCUCUCUUUACUCCCAAUUAUAGGACAAUUAUAAUUUUACAUGAUUCCAAU